AUGGAGUAUGAGAGAGCCGGAGCUGAACGGAAGUUGCAACUGCAAGAAUUAGAGAGCCUUCGCCUUGAAGCUUAUGAAAACUCCAGGCUGUAUAAAGAGAAAGUAAAGGAUGUGCAUGACAAGAGCAUUAAGAGAAGGGAAUUCCAACCAGGGGACUUAGUCCUACUUUACAACUCCAGAAUGCGACUUAUGCGAGGCAAGCUGAGAUCCAGAUGGGAUGGUCCGUAUCGAGUAGAGAAGGUGGAACCAUGCGGAGUCUUUCACUUGAGCCAUCCUUCAAGCUCUAAACUUAUCAAGGUCAAUGGACAUCGCUUGAAGUUAUUCCAUGGUGAAAAGAUGGCGAAAACUAGGAACUAG